AUGUUCGAGCCCAAGACCACUGAGCAGUCUCUCGACGCCACCAAUGAGUCCAGUUCCAUCACCAACAUUCAGACCUCGACGUCCAGGCCUCAGAUCGACCUCGCCUUCCUGAAGGAGGCGCUCGCUGUCUGGAACAUUCCCGCUUCCAGCGAAGGUCUUGAGGCAGUGGCCUCGGAGGCCAUACAGAACCACGUGCCUGUCUUGGCCAAGGCUCUUGACUGUCUCGAGAAGGCCGCCAAGACACUGCUCACUGAUGAGGUGGCCAUCGACACGCUCGGAAGCUCUGGCUCGAGGCUGGCAUCGGUCUUGGACGAUGCACACGCCGCAGGGAACGCGCUCGACGAGCUGUCUCGGUCGAGUAACUUUGGCAGACAGACGGUGCGUAAGGGUGGAGAGUUCCUUAACAGCGGGUUGUACGCUCUCGAGAGAGCGGCCGAGGCGCUGAGGAAGCAACACUACCCACGUUUUCGCGCGCGGGAGCAAGCUCGAAGCUCUCAGCAGGGCCUCACCAACGAGAUCAGGGUGACCUCGAUGGCUCUGGAUGCUGCCCAGGCUGCGGUUGCUGGGUACUACGGGAACGAGGGGCCCAAGACGGAGCUGCUGAAGCGAUUUGGUCGUGAUGACACUGCGGGCAGCCAAAAUAUCCAAGCACUCUCACUUCAAGAGCGAGCUGUUCAUCCGCUACCUAUCAUCGCUUCUGACACUGAUACCCUGACCAACAAUUACAUGUCUCCCGAGCCCGAGGCCCCCACUAGCCAUGGCAUACUCGACUAUGCCUUCCUCCGCAGCUGCCACAUCGCGCUCACGAAGCUGCUCCCGGAGCAAGGGGAGCCUGCGUCACCCGGUGCCGCAUACUCUGGAGGGGAGAUGAACGACGACCGUCCAAGCGAUGAUGAGGGCGAUGCCGGGGACGAGGAGGCUCAUGAUGACGGUCUCUCUGACGGCGAAGUGGAACUAAUGCAGGAGCACACGCUAUCUGCCUCAUCCGAGGCCGCAUACGUUGACGAGGAGAUGAUGAAUGACCGUCCAAGCGAUGAUGAGGACGCGCAGGCUCAUGAUGACAAUCUCACCGACCGCGAAGGGUGGCUCAAGACGAUCAUACGGGGAAUGUAUUGUACUCCGCCGAGUGUUGAGCACCUUGCGAGGCACGCACUUCAGAUCUUGAAGGACCGCAAGAGCCGAAAUCUGAGCCUGGUUGAUUUGGGCAACCAGGAGGCCCCGCCUUUUGAUGACAUGCGGAUACAUCUUGCGGAGAUCAUCAAGCCCCGACAACAAGCCCACCUAGGCUUCCAAAAUGAUCCUGGAUAUGACGGACGCAAGCUCCAUUCCGCGGUCCAGAUCUUGAAGACAGCUGCCGAUCGCCUGGCGUCCACGAGAGGCAGCAUCGAGGUACUCAAGACCUCCGUCUGCUUCGACGCUGCGCGCGAUGCGAUCACCUCGGCUGUCAGCUCGCUUUCCCCUCUCUCACAGCGACUCGAAAACCUCAACAGCGCCCAAUUCCUCGAGAAACAGUUCAUCGAACAGACCCUGCUGGCUUCAUCACUUCGGGAGUUUCACGUUGCAUGGGCCAAUGCAGAUGAGUCGAGCAGACACGCGAUGCUUUCCCUUGCCAGUCGGGAUCGGAGCGAGGAGGCAGCUCCUUCCCCCAAGACGCGGUCAGCCGUUGAGCUCCCUGCCCAUGGCGCCCCGGGAAGCCUCGAGCAAGGGCUCAAAUUCGCUGUUGCCGAUAUGGAGCAUGCCACGACGGGAUUGCUGGCCGGGUUCAAGCACUCCACCUACGACCAAGACCACAUCACGGAGGCGUUCGAGUACACCUCCCUGACACGGGACAGCCUGCAGACAGCGCGUGGGGCGCUACAGGCCCUCCGUGCCGAGCCCAAAGCGUAG